CAGAAGAAAAAAUAUGCGCACUAAGUCCACCCGACCAGCAGAGUUCCCUGUUGUCAAAACGAGUCCGUCUAGGCGUAAUGUGACUCUUGUCCAUUUCGCUUGCUGUGGUCGGCAACCGAUGUUAUGCUUUUAGGAAACUCACAAAUAUCUGCCUAGAAGUUUGCCUAGCUUAUUGAUACUGCGUGUCUAUGCCUUAUUACACCCAGGAAAAUGAAAACACCGAUAAUGUAUACUUUUUAAAGUUUGUGAUAGAUCAUAAUUUCAGGUAUGUUUGAAAGCGUUUCUCAAAAUGUAACAGUGCGAUACCUAAGCCUUUCGUUAAGUUAUCUGACGUAAAGUUUCACAUCUACUUCAAAGGACACAAUGUAGCUUUACUGAAAAUUCGUGCCGCAUAGUACUUUUCAUGUUGUAUUUUAUAAUGUAUGUGAUGAUAUCAAUAGUCUUCUACAGGAAGGCAACCGUAUGCUUGGUUUCCGGGGCGUGACUUUUGUUGUGACAUAAUAACUUUAGACUUUUGAACGCGAUCAAAUUUGCCUUUUGAAAAGAUUUUCGCCCAAAUAGUUUUACUAUCAUUAUGCUAUUUCAUUUUAAUGCAUUAACGUAACAGCCUAUGUGAUCGUAGAGAUUAUUAAGUAAUUUAUUACAAGUUAACAAUUUAAAAGUCUUAUCUUUUCAAGAUUGAUCCGUGAUGAGAACCAUAUAAUGUGUAAUAGCCUAGCCUUCUUUUAAAUAGUUAAAAGACAUAGAUUAUGAAUAUAAUAUUCACGUUUUGCUGGCUCCCAAUUAGAUUCUGAUUUAUUAUUUGUAACAUUUCAGGCAUGGUGCUCCUCACCUUCCUCAUAACUCGGUCCUUGUGUAGGAUGCUUGAAAGGGAUUGAAGGCAAGUCAACGCCAUGGGCAACCACGACAACUUUGAAGAUGUGUUUGUUGCUGUCAUUCGUCCAAAGAAUAAAGUCAGUCUGAGCUCUAAGGAAUAUCGGGCUAAAGCCUAUGAGGUAAGACUACGAUAUAUGUCAUAUUAUACAGUAGCGACCGUGCAACACCUAGCGACCUCAUCCAGAGGUUAGGAUAUCUUUGCAUAACCGCAAGGGGUUGGACUGACAGUCGCAGGGUGCUGUGUUUGAGUCCCAGUCUGGGCUACCCCCUGAAUUUGUUACAUUGGUUUCACAAGUGGGAUACACAUUUCGUAUACAUGUUUAAGUAAUACUGCGAGUAGCAGACUAUGGUUACUGCAAAGUGGCAACGCCUUUAUUAAUAAAUUGAGUGUAAGGACGCUCCGUUUUGGACAGCUCCCUGGAAGUGCAUAGUUCUGGCUUGUGCCAUAUUACCAUAUCAGCCACCCCAAAUCUGCUUCAGUAUCAUUUUACUUUAACCCAAAUAUUGUUAAUGGCAAAUUACAAUUAUUUAGCUUAUGGUUUGAUUUCAUAGAUGUAUUUCUAGUUCAGUUUAUGUUCACCAGUGACAUCAUGUGUAACCCUGUUACCCCUCCUUUAGAUCCUGUUGAUAGAACUUCCUUUGGAAGGAAAAGAGAAGAAACAGAAGAAAAUCUUACUGGCGACCAAAAUCCAAGCCAAUGGGGACACAGCCAGAUCCAUUUUAGAUUAUGUAGACAAAACAACAAAACCCAUAUCUAACAACCAGGGUUUUAUUGGUAAAUGAAUACAUAUUUGUUGCUUUUCUGUAAUUAUGGUGGCUUUCCAGAUUUGGAUGUGAAUCCUUUGUUAAUGUAAAAUAUUUAUGAAGAGUAGAAAGACAUUUCAAAUAACAAACUGUGUCAAAGCGCUGAUCCUGUUGCUCAUCACAGGAAAGCGUGUGGUGCACAUGAACAAAUUCCCUCUCGAUGUUGACAAUGAAGGGAAAGAGGUCUCCCUCGUUAUUGUGCCAAUCAAUGUCAAAGGUAGGACUUGACACUAACUUGUCAGCACAUAACAUAAAUGUGUUAUAAAUUAUUAGAAAUGGUAUAAAUGCUCAAUAAUUAAAUACAGUAGGGUCCGGAGAUAUUGGAUCCCUUGAUAAAGAUAAGCAAAAAGAGACUAUAAAAUGAAUAAUGCAAAUACUGAGCUAUAUUGUAUGCAAAAAAAAGAGGAACAGUUAUAUUUUAUACUAAUACAAAUUGCUCAGAUAAAUAGAUUUUGUUUUAAAAAGAAUCUCAAAGAUGGGGUCAAAAUGAUUGGAUCUGCUGUUUUCAAUACUCCAGCACCCUCCCCUUGCGAGGAUCAUGACACUGGGCCUUUUUCUAAAAUGUUUUAUGAGAUUGGAGAACACAUUGGGAGGGAUAUUAGACCAUUCCUCCAUACAGAAUCUUUCCAGAUCCUAGAUAUCCUUAGUCUGCGCUUAUGGACUGCCCUCUUCAAUUCAAAUCACAGGUUUUCAAUGGGGUUCAAUUCCGGAGAAUAAGAUGGCCAUUGCAAAAUGUUGAUUUUGUGAUCAAUUAACAAUUUCUUUGUGGAUUUUGAUGUGUGCUUGGGGUUAUUGUUCUUGCUGGAAGAUCCACUUGCGGCCAAGUUUCAGCCUCCUGGCAGAGGCAACCAUUUUUGGGCUAAAAUGUCCUGGUACUUGGUAGUUCAUGAUGGAAGUUCAUGAUGCCGUUGACCUUAACAAGGACACAAUAGCCCCAUAACAUCAAAGAUCCACCACCGUAUUUAAGAGUUAGGAUGAGGUAUUUUCUGUAUAUGCAUUGUUCUUUCGAAGGCCAAACCCAACCCUGGUGUGCGUGGCCAAAGACCUCUAUUUUCAUGUCAUAUGACCAAGUUCAGGAGGCUGAAACUUGUCCGCAAGUUGAUCUUCCAGCAAGACGAUAACCCCAAGCACGCAUCAAAAUCCAAUAAUUUGUAUUUAUUUAUUAUUUGUUAAACAGAUAUUGUAUUAGCAAUUGUAUUAGUAUAAAAUAAUAUAAUAUUUUCAUUUUUUUAGCAUACAAUAUAGCUCAGUAUUUGUAUUAUUUAACACUAUACAAUAUUUGUAUUUUUUGCUCAUCUUUAUUGAGGGAUACAAUAACUCCGGACCCCACUGUAAGUGAAAGAGUGUUAGUCCACUUGUGUCUGGGGUACUUUUAAAGCAUUCAUUACAAUAAUUCCUAAUAAUAUAGUUUAGCUAACAAUGUUUUAUAUUGUUGUGUGCUGCUUAUUGGUCUUUCUGAACAGAUAACAGCAAGCCUAUCUACAGCCCUGGGAGCCCCAGUUUUUACUGCCUGCAGGAUAUCAUGCGUGUGUGUAGCGAGACCAGUGCUCACUUCUCCCCCAUCACCUCAAAGAUGCUCCUGGCCUUGGACAAGUAAGUCUUUGUCUAGGAUUUCAUAUUGAAGUCAUUUAGCAGGCACCCUGAUCCAGUGUGACUUACUGUUUUUGCUGUGUAUCAGAGAGCUGAAGUGUAUAUGGUAGCUUCACUUACUGUACCAUCUGCAUGGCUGUUGUAUUAUUGCCACCUCGGGGUCGAUAGGUAGCCCAGAGGUUAGCGAGGUGGACCGGUAACAGGAAGGUUGUUGGUUUAAUUCCCGGCUGGACGAUGAAAAAAGUGGGGAACUAGAUUGGUUACUGGAGGGCUGCUGGUUUCAGAUCAUUACUUCUAUCCACUACUGUUGUGCCCUUGAGCAAGGCACUUAACCCCGCUGCACUGCGACUGUUGUGCUGCUUCCAGCUUCCCGUGAGAGUGUGGUGUCCGGGGGGUUGGGAUUGGGAAUAACAUAAGAUAUUUAAAGCGAUUUAUAGUGCAGUGAAUGACACAUAGUAGAUAAUUCACCCACCAUAGAGACAUUGGUAAGCCUUACCAGAACGUCACCUACUAAACCUUGACCUUUGAACUUGUAUCUUCUACAUGCCCUAUCCAGGUGGCUGGCAGAGCAGCACACCAUGCCUCACGCCAUUCCAGCUCUGUUCCGGCCCGCGCCGGCGGACCGAGUCAAGACCAACGUGAGUAACCCUGCCUACAUCAGCGAAGGCAAACCCAUUGACGGGGGUUUGCACAUGGGUUACACUGCCUUGGAGAUCAAGAGCAAGAUGCUGUCACUGGAGAAGGUUGACAUGUGCAUUCAGAACCCUCUCUACGGAUCAGACCUGCAGUAUACCAACCGGGUGAGAGCCCUUUGCCCAGAUACAAUUUUUUUCCAAUCCUUACCCUCUCCCGAGGGACGACUUACAAGACAGUUCACAUUUUUGUUUUAGCCCUGCACUGACAAACUUUUAUUUUAAACAAAAAAUACUUUGUAUCAUUAUCAAAAUAUAUGAACAUAAACUAAAGUGUCUACGUAUCCUCUCUAUUUUUGCAAUUUUUAGGUGGACAAAGUUAUUAUCAACCCUUACUUUGGCCUUGGUGCUCCAGAUUACUCUAAAAUCCAGAUCCCUAAGAGAGAAAAGUGGCAGCACGGCUCUAACAGUGUGACAGAGGACAAGUGAGUGAGCGUCCCAAAAUGUUACUUCAAAACAACUUCAUGCAUUCUCCAGACCAGGGUUCAAAUAGUAUUUGUUUUCCUUCAAAUAGUUUGAGCAUGUCUUUAGUGCCAAAUGGGUGACAUUUGCACAUUUGGGAGUAUUCCAUUGGUUCCAUUGCACCAGGCAAUCUUAAUCUAGCCCAAUUCAGUCUGGCAUUCUCUGGAGUUUGGGCCUUUUCAAAUGCCUCAUUACAUUGUGAAGUCAGUGAUUGAACAGGGCCUAUUCUCUGUCUCCUCCCUAGGGAGCGCCAGUGGGUGGAUGACUUCCCCCUCCACCGCAGUGCCUGUGAAGGCGACACAGAGCUGCUCACCAAGCUCCUGGAAAGUGGCUUCUCAGUCAAACAGCUGGACAGUGACCACUGGGCCCCCAUCCACUACGCCUGCUGGUACGUCUCAUAUGAGGGAUGUUGUGUUUUAGCACAGCUGUACACUAAAACAAGAUUGUAAACCAAUUCCCUAAAGAAAAUUAGUCCUCUAAGGACAAUAAAGUUGAUAUUCUAUUUUUUUAAUCGAACAGCUAACGUCAAAUAAGAGUAAAAUGUAUGUGUUGUUUUGAAUGUAGGUAUGGUAAAGUGGAGGCGACCAAGCUACUGCUGGAGAAGGGAAACUGUAACCCCAACCUGCUGAAUGGCCAUCUGAGCUCCCCGCUGCACUUUGCUGCAGGAGGGGGCCACUCAGAGAUAGUACAGCUUCUGCUCCAGCAUCCUGAGAUAGACCGGGUAAGACUGAGACAGGGUUGGAUGGGGGGGGGUUAUGACUAGGGUUAGGGUUGAGCCAGGGUGUGGACAUGAAGCUAGGGUUAGGGUUGAGCCGGGGUGUGGACAUAAAGCUAGGGUUAGGGUUGAGCCGGGGUGUGGACAUGAAGCUAGGGUUAGGGUUGAGCCAGGGUGUGGACAAGAGGAAAGUGUGGAGAGACAGCAGAAGACAGUCAGCAUGGCUUAACCCUAAUCCUAACAUGUUUGAAUUCCCAAUUCAACCACUAAAUGUGCUGGAAUAAAAGCCUGCACACCGAGUAGCUCUACAAGACCUGAAUUGGAGAAGCCUGGUUGAAUACAGUAUAUCCUCCAUCCUAUUUGCAUAAUGGCCACAUACUGUGCUGGUACCAGUGGAACAUCCUAGCUUAGGACUUCAAUAUGUUGCCAGUAGUAAGUAGCAGUAAGAAAGUAACUUUGCUUGCUUGUUUUUGUUUUUAUCAGCACAUAGAGGAUCAGCAAAUGAGAUCGCCCCUGCAAAUCUGUGAAGAGAACAAGCAGAACGAAUGGGAGGAGACAGUGAAACUUCUACAGCAAGCCAAUAACAAACCAGUGAGUGUGAAGUGUGUGUGCGUCUGUGUGUGUGCGUGCGCACAUGCGCGUGUGCAUGUAUGCUACUCCAACAGACUUGUCAAAUACUUUUAUUACGUUUAGAAAUUGACAAAAAUGGUGUGUUCGUUCCGCAGUACGAGAAGGUGCGCAUCUACCGCAUGGACGGCUCGUACCGCUCGGUGGAGCUGAAGCACGGCAACAACACAUCAGUGCAGCAGAUCAUGGAGGGCAUGCGGCUCUCCAAGGACACCCAGCAGUACUUCACCAUCUGGAUCUGCUCCGAGAACCUCAGUGAGUCACACAUACACUGAUCCAAAAUGGCCGCCCAAUAUCUAGGCUUAGGUAGUAUGUCCUUGUAUCUGUAGUAUCUUAUUUCCAGGCCACCUGUGCUUAUUAUACCCUUUGUGUGUUUCUGUGUCUUGUCUUCCAUCAGACCUGCAGCUGAAGCCCUACCACAAGCCCCUGCAGCACCUGCGUAUCUGGACAGAGAUCGUCACUGACCUCACUGUCCUGGACCCCCAGAGGGAGAACCCACAGCUCUUCCUCCGUAGAGAUGUCCGUCUGCCCCUCGACAUUGAGAAAAAGGUUUGUAACCAAUUUGAUUUUGAUCAACUUUAUUAUCCAGUUGGGGAAAUUCUUCUUGCAAUUCUUCUUGCAGUGCUGCAUCUGUAAAGCAAGGAUUUUGGAUUUUGAAUAUUGAUUAGAUCAGUGUUUCUCAACUCUGGUUAAGUGAGACCCAGAGGGUGUACAUACUUCCAGCCCAGUAAUAAUACACCUGAUUUAAACUGAUCAUGGGUUUGCUGUUCAAGUUCAUUUAUUAAUUAAUUAAUUAAUCCAUCCAUGAUUGGCUUGAAUCUUCUUCCCCAGAUUGAGGACCCCCUGUCCAUCCUGAUCCUGUUUGACGAGGCCAGACACUGCCUCCUCAAGGGCUUCUUCCCCUCCCUAGACAGCAAGCUGAUCACCCUGGCCAGCUUGCUGCUGCAAAUCAUCUACGGAAACUAUGAGAGCAAGAAGCACAAGCAGGGUUUCCUUAAGUAAAUAUCUUAAAUCGGUCCCUGAAUUGAAUUAAUCUAGCAUAAUACUCUUCUUUAAAACUGGUGAAAUCUUGGUAUGAUAUUCAAAGAUAAGGUACAGUACAUAAACCUGUGGUAAUAUGAUAUACUAUUGACAUAACCGUAAAUGUUUUGUUUUCAACAGUGAGGAAAACCUGAAAUCUAUUGUCCCGAUAUCCAAGGUGAAAAGCAAAGCGCAUCAUUGGACAAACCGGAUUCUUCAUGAGUAUAAGGUCAGGUUUAUUUUCAUUAUUUAGUUUUUGCGUAAUAUACAUUUAUAUCUGUGGGGUCAAACUCUUACCCUUACUUCACCUUAUCCGCCAACAGAGCCUCAGUAUGAGUGAGGGUGUGAGCAAAGAGAUGCACCACCUCCAGAGGCUCUUCCUGCAGAACUGCUGGGACAUCCCAACAUAUGGUGCUGCCUUUUUCACGGGCCAGGUCUUCACCAAGGCUAGCUCCAGCAACCACAAAGUCAUCCGCGUCUUCGUGGGUGUCAACACCAAGGGCCUGCACCUCAUGAACAUGGAGACCAAGGUGCCCCGGGGCUAUUUGUUUGUUGGGACCAGAGCCAUAUGUAUACAGAGAGAACCUUAUUUAACCAUGCAGUAUACAGAAUACUGUAGUAUACUAAGACGCAUGAAACAUACUUUAGAAACAUACUUAAGCUGAAUGCACCGAGCUGUGUUUAAACUACUAGCACACAGCUCAGACACCCAUGCAUACCCCACAAGACAUGCCACCAGAGGUCUCUUCAAAAUCCCCAAGUCCAGAACAGACUAUGGGAGGCGCACAGUACUGCAUAGAGCCAUGACUACAUGGAACUAGUCCACAUCAGGUAACUGAUGCAAGCAGUAGAAUCAGAUUUAAAAAACUGAUAAAAAUACACCUUAUGGAAUAGCGGGGACUGUGAAGAGAUACACACACAGGAACAGACGCACGCAUACGCACGCAUACGCACACGUACAUUGUAAUAUUGUUGUAUGGUGGUAUUAUACAUUUUGUAUUAGAGAUACAGUACCAGUCAAAAGUUUGGACACACCUACUCAUUCAAGGGUUAUUAUUUAUUUUUACUAUUGUCUACCAAGAGUGUGCAAAGCUGUCAUCAAGGCAAAGGGUGACUAUUUGAAGAAUCUCAAAUAUAAAAUAUAUUUUGAUUUGUUUAACACUUUUUUUGGUUACUACAUGAUUCCAUAUGCGUUAUUUCAUAGUUUUGAUGUCUUCACUAUUAUUCUAUAAUGUAAAAAAUAAAGAAAAACCCUUGAAUGAGUAUGUGUGUCCAAACUUUUGACUGGUAGUGUAUGUAGUGGUGUAAUAAUGUUAUGAUGUACUGUUUUAUCUUUUGUUUUAUAUGUAAUGCAAGUGCCUUAAUGUGUUUGGACCCCAGGAAGAGUAGCUGCUGCCUUGGCAGCAGCUAAUGGGGAUCCCUAAUAAAUACAAAUACAUUCUUAUCUACUGGUCACAAAGUAAGCAUGGAUGUAAAUAUCUAAGCAUAGAAAAUACGCCUCAAAAGUAUCCAUUUUAAAAGCUUUGUAUAUUUUGUAUGUUUUCAUGUAAAUGCCCUCUUUUACUGAUACUUGUGCAUAUGUUCUACUGUGUAUCUGUAGGUCCUUCUUAUCAGUCUGGAGUAUGGCUCUUUCAUGUGGCAGCUAGGGCACGCUGAUCAGUAUUUACAGAUUCACAGUCUGGAAAACAAGAUGAACUUCAUUGUCCACACCAAACAGGUAACUAUAGGACCUUACCCAAGUCAUUACAAUGGAUGUACCUGUGAUUAAGUUGAAUCAAUGUGUUGUAGCCUGGGCAGAUUGUAUGAUUUGUAGCGUACAGCUCUAG